UUAGAAGAAAAAAAAAAUAAUAAAAAAUUUCACAAAAAAAGUCAAUUGUGUAAAAUACUUAGUUAAACUAUGGAUUCAGCGAUUAAAAUAGUUUGAAAACGUUAAAGAACAAUAGAAAAGUGUGUUUAAGUGUCGGGAAAGUUGAAAAGCUUAUGAAAAUAGUGUAUAUUGUGAGAAAGAAAAUAUUGAUGACCUGGAAAUAAUUGUCAAACAAGAAAGACAAGAGAAAAAACAGUUUUAAGCAAAUCUAUUGCGAAUUAGACAUAUAAAUUUAUGAUGUCAUUUGUCGGGAACGGCACAACUGGAACUGAAGCAGCUCAAAAGUUUUUAGAAUCAUUGCAGAAUGAUUUUCGGAAUUUGAGUGCUGAAACAAAGAAGAAAAAUCCCCAAAUAAAGGAGUCAUGCGAGGAAGCAAUACAGAAAUUGAAGUCUGCAGCAGCGAAUCCUCAAACACCUGUAUCCUAUGUGGUUAAUCAGAUAUUAUAUCCACUCGUACAGGGAUGCGAAUCGAAGGAUUUAAAGAUAAUAAAAUUUUGUCUUGGAAUGAUGCAGCGCUUAAUAACACAACAAGUUGUGGAUCAAAAAGGUGCUCGCUAUAUUACAGAUACAUUAUGGAUGCUCAUGGAAAAUGGAAUAGAGGAAGUGAAAGUUCUACAAAGCGUCACAUUACUAUUGACAACAAAUUCUGUUGUUCAUGGCGAGACGCUUGCCAAAACUCUUGUUUUGUGUUUUCGAUUGCAUUUCACAAAAGAUUCAACAACUAUUAAUACCGCUGGAGCUACUGUACGGCAACUUGUUUCAUUAGUUUUCGAACGUGCUUUGGUUGAACAAGAGGAAUCCAAAGAUGAAGAAGUUCGCGAGGUCAAUUUAGAGGAAUUGAAAAUGUCUCACGGAAUGGCUCCAAAAGGAUUAAAAACUUGCGCUUCAGAUGCUUUCCUCCUAUUUCAAGAUCUCGUCCAACUAGUUAAUGCUGAUCAACCUUAUUGGCUUUUAGGAAUGACUGAAAUGACAAGAACUUUUGGAUUAGAAUUACUAGAAUCCGUACUAACAAAUUUCUCGUCUGUCUUCUACAAAAAUCCAGAAUUUUCAUUUCUUUUAAAAGAGCGUGUCUGUGCAUUAGUAAUUAAGCUUUUUUCGCCAAAUAUCAAGUAUCGUAAUGUCGUUGUUCCUACUCAACCAUCAGCACCACACGACAAGCCCUAUUUUCCAAUUAGUAUGAGACUUUUACGUGUUGUAUCAAUUCUCAUUCAGAAAUAUCAUCAACUCUUAAUCACAGAAUGUGAAAUCUUUUUAUCACUUAUAGUGAAAUUUUUGGAUCCAGAUAAGCCUACAUGGCAACGUUCGCUAGCAUUAGAAGUUUUACACAAAAUGACUGUACAACCCGAGUUACUUGUCUCAUUUUGUCGUUGCUAUGACCUAAAAGAUCAUUCAACAAAAAUCUUUCAAGAUAUAAUUAAUUCAUUAGGAGCUUAUGUCCAAAGUCUUUUUGCAUCACCUCAAAUGAUGGGAGCUGGAGGAAAUCUUCAGUCAACUCCACCCGCAAUAUUGGCUGGAUUACAAGUUGGUUCCGGAAUGUCACCGCAAUCAGGAUUCUUUUUCCGAGGAGUUUGGUUGCCUUUAGUUAUGACUUUUCCAACUGGACAAUCAAAAUCGUUUUAUUUAGAGAUGCUCGAAAAAACCGAACCUCCAGUAAUCCCUGAUGGCUAUGGAAUUUCUAUAGCAUAUGCCUGUCUUCUCGACAUUGUCCGAUCUAUCUCAUUAGCAAUCAAUGGACCUUCAAUUCUUGGCGAAGAAAAGCCAGUUCCUUAUAAAUCGCGUGUAAGUGAGGAAGAUAGGAUUCUUCAUUGUCAAAUAAUAAAUUCGAGUUGGUGUGGAUUAUUAGCUGGAUUAACUCCAUUAAUUGAUGCCAGCACAGAUGAAGCGAUGGCAGAGUGUGUAUUAAAAUCUAUGCAAAAUUAUGCUGCUUUGUGUGGAAUGUUGGAUUUAAGUACGCCUCGUGACUCGUUUGUAACAGCGAUUUGUAAAGCUUCUUUACCGCCUCAUUAUGCACUGUCAGUAUUAAAUAUAGGAUACCAAGGAAUGAAUAUGAAGGGAAGUGUCAUGAGAACUGGAAGUCAGGAUAUGGGGAAUCAAUAUAUGCAUCCACAAAUGCAUGAUGAUAAUCAACAACGAUUUCCAAUUGUUGCUGUUGGAACGCCCUUACCUACAAGUUCUUUACAGCCUGGAGCACAUCAAGGUCCAGUUAUGCUGACUGCCAAAAAUCUCCAAUGUAUGCGUGCAAUAUUACAUUUAGCUCAUUGUCAUGGUGGCAUUCUAGGCUCUUCAUUUUUCAUUGUGUUGGCAACGUUACAACAUUUAGCAUGGAUUUUAGGGCUAAAACCAUCAACAGGUGGAAGUCUACAAGCCACACAAAAACCAAUGGCUGAUACAAAUUCAAUAACACAAGUUAUGGCUGACUUACCCGUAUUAUCGACAAUGUUGAGUCAGCUUUUUGAAAGCAGUCAAUAUCUUGAUGAUGUUGCUCUUCAUCAUUUAAUCGAUGCUCUUUGCAAGUUAUCACAUGAAUCAAUGGAACUCGCUUACAAUAAUCGUGAACCGUCAUUAUUUGCUGUAGCUAAAUUACUAGAAACGGGACUUGUAAAUUUAAAUCGAAUUGAGGUUUUAUGGCGUCCAUUAACAAAUCAUUUAUUGGAAAUUUGUAUUCAUCCACAUAGUUGUAUGCGAUUGUGGGGCGUUGAGGCAAUAACUUAUUUAGUAAAGGCUGCACUCCAAUAUAAAUACGAAGUUCCUUUAAAGGACAAUAUGAAACUUCAAACAUUAUUACUCGGUCCGUUGUCUGAAUUAAGUAGCAUUCCCCAUGGAGAUGUACGUCAGAGACAAUUGGAAUGCGUACUACAAGUUUUAAAUGGAACUGGAGAAAUUUUAACUUAUGGAUGGCCAUUAAUCCUUGGUAUUAUUGGAACAUUUAAUGAUCAUCAUGGAGAAGCACUUAUUCGAAUAGCAUUUCAAUGUCUUCAAUUGGUUGUGACUGACUUCUUACCCGUUAUGCCUUGGCGUUGUUUACCGCUUUGUGUCAACACAGCAGCAAAAUUCGGAAGUCAAAUGCAAGAGCUGAAUAUAUCUCUUACAGCUGUAGGAUUAAUGUGGAAUAUAUCAGACUAUUUUAAUCAAAAUCAAGAUAGAUUGAGUCAGAAUGUUGGCGAUGACAUCUCAGUUCUUCCUGAUUUUCCACACACAUUAAACAUGCCACACUUUGAUAAGCUUUGGAUGGUAUUGUAUGCUAGAUUGGGAGAUUUAUGUGUCGAUCCAAGACCUGCUGUGAGAAAAUCUGCAGGACAAACUUUGUUUUCAACAAUUACUGCUCAUGGAAAUUUACUCAAUCAUCCAACAUGGCAAGCCGUUAUGUGGCAAGUUUUAUUUCCAUUACUAGAUAAAGUUAGGACUGCAUCAAAUUCCGCAAGCAAUGAAAAAGUUGACACAAGCGGAAACAUUUUAAUUCAUCAUUCGAGAAAUACAGCACAGAAACAAUGGGCCGAGACACAAGUUUUAACAUUGUCUGGUGUAUCAAGAGUUUUUAUCACGAAAUUCAAGUUACUUCAGACGAUUGGGGAUUUCCCACGUGCAUGUUCUCUUUUGUUGGAAUUUAUUGAGUGCUCAGCACUUAGUAAAUCGAAUGAGGUCUCGUUAGCGGCACUCAAAUCUUUUCAAGAAAUUCUUUACAACAAAUCAAUUAAUUUAACAAAAACAAGUGGCGAAAAUGAUGAUUUGUGGAAUGGAGCUUGGAGAGUAUGGCUAAAUGUUGGAGUCGAAAGUACAAAAUUAUCUAUGGGUGACUCUGAAAAGUCAUCAGAUGAAAUUUACAUUCCAAGUCAAGCAUUUCUGACUGCACUCGUCCAAAUAUUUCCAGCUUUAUUCCAACAUAUCCAUAGCCAUUUCACAGAGGAGGAUCUCCGGAAGCUUUGUGAUGUUCUUAUGAAUGCUGUUAUGGUUCCUGUUCAUAGUGAUUCAAAUCAUUUAAUAAUGAGUGCCAUGUCAGAUUCAUUAUUGACUCCACUUCAUGACGGAAUUCUCGAUUGUAUGGAGCUUCUUCAAAAGGAAGCUAUAUCAGGAACAACGCCUUUGAACACUAUCACAUGUGCUGUUUUUAAGCAACUUUUAAGCUUUAGUCGUUUUGCAUGUACACCGCCAUAUUUUGAAAGCCGCAAAAGAAAUAUGCCACAAAAUACAAUGGAAUGGGUCAGUAUGAACUAUAUUCCGUUUGGAGAAAAGUCAAUGAGUGUUGCUGUAAAGUUAUAUCAACAAACAGCGAGCGAUGAACGAGUCAUUGAAGGACAAAUUUUACAUGAAAUAAUUAAAGCACUUUCGUUACCGUUAAGCUUAAAGUAUAAAUGUAUGUCGAGCAGUACAUGGAAACUGGCUGUUACAAGUUUGAUGUCUGUAUUGCACUAUGGGCUUCCCGUUGCACGUAAAAAUACAAAAGAAUUUGCAAAUAUGUGGAAUGAUUUGUCUGAUACUUUAGAUAAAUUUUUAUUCCCAAAGAGUGUCUGUCAAAUUGAAGAUAGAGGACUUGAUGAAUUAGUGCUUGAUGAGGCGAUUGAUUGUCAAAUAAUUGAACAAUUGCGUGAUGAAGUUCUUACAUAUUCUAGCGAAAUUCCUCAUCAAUUUAUUUUAAAUGUAGUCGUUUUAUUAAAUAAGGGAUCUAUUCAUUCAACAGCAACGAAUACAAAUCCAAAUCCAGGUUGUGAUGUCGAAUUAAAGUUACGUGAAGAAUUCGCAAAGACUUGCUUUGAAACAUUAUUACAAUUCUCAUUAUUGGAAGAUAAUGUAAGUAAGGAAAUGACAGGCAUUCAAUUAACAAACAGCGAAGGUGGUGUUGCCGGCCAGCUUGCAAUUACUGCUUUACUACAUCGUUUUGAGGAGGUUUUAAAAAAGUUUAAUGAUGAUGAGCGACAAAGUGGAAAAUGUCCAUUGCCAAGGUAUCGAUUAAGUGAAAUUUCAUUUGUUUUGAAAGCUGUUGCAACACUUAUAAUAUCAAUGAAGAAGGCGCCUCCAACCAAAGUCGGCAAAACAGCAUGGGAACAAUUGAUUGGACUGUAUCCAUAUUUAGUCGAUUGUACAACAACGUCAUCUCAAGAAGUAUCUCGCUCUUUAAGAGAAGCACUGCUUCAAUACUGUGAUCUAUUAAAUCCACCACCAAACUCAAUUCAACUUAAUGGAAAUUUACCUGCUAAUGGCUUAUCAUCAAGUCAUUGCUAACAGCAAAAUGUCCAUCUUACUCAUGAUUUCAAAUACUUUUAAAUGAAUCAUAAAUUCAAAAAACAUUAAAAUAGAAUAGCUUAAAAUGAAAGAUUAACUUUAGGACUUAAAAUCUUUUUCAAUUUCAUGUUUUUCCUUAAAGUUUUGCAUGCAAAGGUUUUAUAAAAUAAAUUAUAAUCGAAUGAGAGAAAGAGAGAGAGAGACACACAACAAUCAGCAGGUAUUGUUUUGCAAGAAAUUCUCUUAAAUUUAUACAAAGAAUGGAAACGAAAAAAUCAUUAAUAAUUUUUAAAGCAAUAAUCAAGAAAAAGUUUUAAAUGAAAAAAAAAAAAAUCUUUUUUGAUAGAUGAGUAGACGAUAAAUAAAUCUAGAAGCAUUAAUUCAUUUCUUUUCCUAUUGUUGAAAUAUUAAAUUAUUUUGAAAGUAUUAAUUUAUGUUAAAUAUUGUUUAUUAUUUGUGGUUUAUAUAUUUUCUAUUAAAGACAAAGUUUUUCGACUAAAUGCGAAAACAUUGAUGCCAAGAAUAAUCGGAUUUACAGAGAUCAUCAGCCUUAAAACGAGAUGUUUUAGACAAUACAAAAAUAUAUAAAAAAAAAAAAAAAAUAAACAACUUUCUAUGAAACACGGAAGUAACUUUUGUGUAAAUUACUUUAUCAAAAAAAGAACAUUUUAUAGAAUUAGACAGUAAAGAAAACUAAUUUAAAAUUGUAAAGGAAGCUCUGAUGAAAAAUGUGCAAUGUUUAUGUUUCCUCUCUUAUUUAUAAAACAUAAAAAAACUUUCACAAUAAUUGCGUGUGUAAAGAUGUGAUUUAUGUUGAAUGAUUAAAAUUUGCAAGAAAUAAAAAAUUCAUGAAGAUGUUAUAUUAUUUUGAUUAUUAGAUAUUAAAGACAAUUAUAUUUUGUUUCCAAAAUCUUUU